AUGAUCAGUAUUGACGACACAGUACGAUAUGUCGCUACCUAUAUAGAUGUAAUAGUGUUGAUCAUCGGAAUUUUAAUCUAUAAGGAGUACCAGAUCUCGUCGAAAGAUAUUGCCUUGAUUACUGGCGGAUCUGGAGGUUUGGGCUCAGAGUUGAUUAAACAGAUGCUCUCCAAAGGUGUACAGAAGAUCUACAACUUGGAUUUGAAGCUGUCUGUGGAGAGAGAUUCUCGUAUAGAUUACAGAAGAUGCGAUGUUGGUAAUGAAUCUGAGCUCAAACAGAGCUUGGACAACAUCUUGUCUGAGUUGAAAGAACAAAAUAGGAAUAUCACUAUUCUUAUUAAUAAUGCUGGCAUCCGCCAUAGCCAGUCGCUUUUGGAUCUUCCAGAUAAAGAAAUCCACGACAUCUUCAAUGUCAACACAUUCUCUUUCAUCUGGACUCUCCGUAAAGUGACCUCGAAUCAUAUAGAUACUGUCUUCAAGCAAGACACAAAAAUAGAUAGAAAGCUCAGAAUCGUCAAUGUGUCUUCGAUUCUUGGAGCUUUGGCACCGCGAAAUCUCUCGUUGUAUUCAGCUACAAAGUCUGCCAUAGUUCUGAUUCAUGAAUCCUUGACGCAGGAGCUUCUGGAGUAUCCUGAAAUUCGGUUGUUGCUUGUAACUCCUGGCCAGCUCUCUACGGGCAUGUUUAAGGAUGUCGAGCCUUCACGAACGUUCUUAGCACCCAUCAUCAGUGCCGAAUAUUUGGCAAGAAGGAUUGUGGAAAAGAUUAAUGUUGGAGAAAGCGGAGUCUACUGUGAACCCUUGUACGCUAAUUUCUUGCCCGGUAUAAGGGUAUUCCCAAUGGUGCUACAACACUUCUGUCGCUGGUUUUCAGAGAUGGACACCAAGGUGAAUUCAAAUUCAAAAAGAGGAAACGAAAGAGUCGAUAUAGAAAUAGAAAGAUAG